GGAAUUUCACACAGAAACAGGUCUUUUGCUCCAUCUCGAACGAAAAAAACUCAAAUUGUGCAACAAUUCCCGUUUUUUCGCAGGAUCCGGAUCCGCGUUAAUCCUCACUUAGUGCUAUUAAACAUGUGCCUCUUAAAAUAACUCUAGUAUUUAUCGAUUAUAAUCACAUAACAUUAACGAACAUUUUUUCUGUUGCGGAGUCGAGGAAUUUUUUUUUUGUAGAACGAAAAAAAAAUAAAGACGAGUGUUUACGUUCAUCUUUAUAAAUACAAAAAUAUUUUUUUUACACGAAAAAUAUUUGAAAUCCGCUUAUUUGGACGAAAAUUUGCUCAAAAUAUGACGUGAACUUGCGCCGAUGGACAGACAGCAACAAAUUAAAAAGCAAUAAAUUCAGCAGUAUUUGGCACACAAACACGAAAAACAGCAAAAAAUCAGCAACUCCUACAACAUCUCGAGUAACAAAAGUAGCAUUAGAGACGCAAAAACACACAAAAAUUUAGCUCACAAUGGAGUCAAUGGAAUACGAGAUGGCCCGCAAUAUGACGUUGCUGUUCUUCUUGGAGCGACUCAUUGACAAAGGCGAGCCCCGUACGUUGCACGAUCUCUCAUGCCAGUUUGGGGCGCGCGGAUUCACACGAGAAAUGCGACAAAUUGCUGGAGGAAGUCAAUCAGGACUGAAAAAGUUUCUGGCGAAUUAUCCGGCGCUCUUCAACAUCGAUGGCGAUUACGUGCACUUGAACGUUUAUACGGCAGCUGCGAGCAAGGACACCGGUGGCAGUGACUACAUCGAAGAAACGAAGCAAUAUUUCAAGAACAAACUCUUGCAAUACGGCAUCGGCACCGAAGUUCCCAUCAAAAGUUUGCUCGGGCAUCGUUCGCAAGCGUCUCCCCAAGUGCGGCACAUCUCGGGGCAACACAUUAAGGAAUUUACGGAUUUUUUGCUCCGUCAUCCGGAUACGUUUCAAGUUGUCGACGACAAUGUCAUCCUCAUUGGCUGCGAUGACGUGCAAGAUGUCCCGCAAUCCGAACGUUUGCAUUUGCCGCCCGCCUCGAUCGACACCAAGGCCACGCAAGAGCUCCUCGACUACAUUGCCGACACCAUUGAGAGCCAAGGACCGCAAAUUGUGUUUUCGCUCUUCCACGCAAUCACCUCGAAGUUUCCGCAGGAACAGUGGUUCCGGAUGUUCAAGACGCCCAACGACUUGUCGACCUUCCUGAAACUCUUCUCGGACUGCUUCCACUUGCAAUCGGAUCUAGUCGCUUUGCUGCAAAAACCAAAAUUGUCCGAUACACAUAUCAAACAUGCUCAAGCUGCAUUUACCUCACAACAAGCGAUGGAAAGCAAGAAACGUGCUGCUGCGCCGAACAACGGAUCGCAACGGGAUGCGGUGUCGCGAACAAUUUCGCCGGCAAGCGGUUUGAAUGGCGUGAAAGGCAACAAAGUGGGCGAUUUCAAAUUGAAUGAGCCAGUGUCGCAAAAUCAUUUGGGACAGGGUAAAGUUCCGAUUACGAGUGAGCCGAAUAGUGGAUUUGAUAGUCUCGUGACGACAGAAGUGAAAUUGGAGAAUUUGUGUCCGAAUAAUUGUCCGACAGGAGUGAAAAAUCCCGUUAGUCCACAAAAUUCGUUGAUGGCUCCCCAAUCCCCGGAAACGCCUCCGCCUGGCAAAACGGGCAGCAUUUCGGACCGCUUAAUUGUCGCCAGCAACAAUGCGACCAACAAAUCCUCUCAACCGCCUCAUGCGCGUCAAACGCUAAAGCAACGCAUCAACUCUCUUGUGAUCAAAACCAUUUCCGACAACUUGGAAAAAGACAAACACACAAUGGGCUCCCUUCAACAGACUGACAACAAUGGCGGCAGCGGCAACAACGUAAGCGCCAACAAUCGUCAAAACACGCCAAACACGAGUCCCAUGCACUCGGCAGUGAAUCACUUCAACGGCGACACGUGGCGCCUCAAAAUCUUGCACAACACAAAAGUGAUCGUGACGGUGAAGGAAUCUCUCUUUGUCACGGACACCCUCUUGAAGCAAGGCAAACAGAAGCAAACUGUCAUCUCGGUCGACUGCGAAGGCAUAAAUUUGGGUGUUCGCGGCCAAUUGACUCUCGUGGAGAUCGGAACGACGCGCGGCGAGGCAUUUAUCUUCGAUUUGAUGGCAUGCCCGGAAAUUGUGCUCGAUGGCGGUCUCAAGGCGUUGCUGGAAUGCGAAAAUGUGAUUAAAGUGAUUCAUGACUGCCGCAAUGACUCGAUUAAUUUGUACACGCAGUUCGGCAUCAAGUUGCGGAAUGUCUUUGAUACGCAAUCCGCGCAUGCGGUGCUUCAGUGUCAGGAUAGCGGAAAGCCCGUGUACAAGGUGAAAAAUGUCUCGUUGAAUAAUUUGUGUGAAAUUUACAAUGCGCCGAUAAAUCCGAUGAAGGAUCACUUGAAGAACAUCUAUAGACGCGAUCAAAAGUAUUGGGCAAGACGACCAUUGACGAAGGACAUGAUUUUGUAUGCAGCUGGAGAUGUCUUGGUGUUGAUUAAUGACCAGUUGUACGCGAAAAUGGCAAAGAUGAUCAAACCAGAAUACCGUCAAUUGUUCUCUGAGCUCUGUACGGAACAAAUUUUGAUGAUUAUCAGUCCAAAUGAAGUAAAAUGCAAGAAAAAGCAGCGCAAAAUUCAACAUGAAGUACAGGAUUUGAAGAUGAAAUUGCAACGAAACAGCAAGAACAUCGUUUUGAGUAAUCGGGAAAUCAGACUUUUGAGAUAUCUGGACCUGACUGAAGAGGAAAAAGAAAAGCUCAAAGGCUCCUAUAAGGUAGCCAAGAAAUUGGAGAAGCUCGAAAGUUUCGGACAAGAUCGAAGCUUAAGUGACUCCGAGGACGAAAUCGAUGGCAAUGAUCAAGAAUAUCCCAGCUUAGACAGUGUUCCGAGUGACAAUUCAUCCGGUGGCGGUGGCAACAAUACAACUUUCAGUCCAAACACGUCGGAACCGCCAAGUAUUACGGAAUCAAUGAUGCUCAUGAACGACAUUUUAUCGGACAAAGAGAUGGAUCGACACGAACGAAUUGACAAACUUGAGGCAAUUUUAUCGGCUGUCAGCACGAUGGAUGAUAGUGUCCUUUCCGACGAGUUGUUAUCAGACAAUUUGUAUGAGAAUACCGACGCGCUCAUUAACGCAAAAGACUUGAACAAACUUUCGAUGGUGAAUGACACGAAUAAAAAUAAGGCGGCGCCUUAUAUCGAUCAUCAAGGCGGCAAACGAAGUGUUUCGUGUCAAACUUACAGCACGGGCGACAUUAUUUCUGCCGUCACCAUCGACGACGACUAAACGACAAUUGAUUUGUCCUAAUUAUUAUUUAUUAACCCCUUAAGCAAGACUUAAUUUUUUUUUACGAUUUUUGAAAAAUCCUGUUGAAAAAUUGACGCAAUCAGCGAAAAAUUCAUUGAAAAAAAUUCGAAAGACAAAAUUUAUACUAAAAAAAUGUUAGAAGUAGUCACCUUGUAGUGGAAAAAAUGUUACUAGAGCUUUCAAGGAGUCUCGUUCCUUUUUCUAUUUAAUAAUAUUUAUAAAAAAACGAGACUUCUCUAAUAACCUUAGGACUCACAAACUCACAUAUUUGCUCUAAAAAAAUUUACAAACUUUUUUUUUUGUAGUAGAACGCGCUUUUGCUCUUCUAUAAACUCAACGCAACUCAAAAAAAUAUGAGACACGAAUAAUUUGAAAUUAUUCAAUUAAAAAAUUCCGAAAAGGACCAAAAAAGCUUACACAGCUUCUAAAAGAAAAAAUAUUUGUAGGAAAUUAGAAAUUUAUAUUAGGAAACGCUUCCAAAAUUAUUGAAAAAAAAGUUAAAGUUAACUAAAAAAAUUAUAUUAUUGACUUAUGAAAUUGUUAAAACAUUGAAAAAAAAAAUCAACGACGAAAUUUUUGAUAAAAAAUUAUUGAAAAAAUUGACUAAAGCAACUAUUGGCAGUGCCUUUAUUUGAGUAUGCAUUUCGGUUGCGACAACUACGUUCAAAAAAAUCGUCAAUUUAGCAAAUAAAAACUAAUAAAAAAGUC